UGACAUUACAGAUCAGUUGACAAUAUCAGAUAAAUAAAAAUACGCAACUUGGAUUUUAUAAAACGCAUUUGAAUAGUAACCGUGUUGACCAGAUAACUCUUAACAACUUAAUAUAUUCAUUUCGCAUCCUUUCAAAUCACCAAUUCUUUCGGUAGGAAAUAUUGUGGAUUGCGUGAACGGUUUCAUCAAGCAUGAAGAAAACUCGAAACAAAUAUGAAUGUUUUAAUAUGUGCAAGUUUUAUUUUGAUUAUUAUUCAAACAGUAUUUUCAUAUUGCGUUUCUGCACAGUCAGAUCUGGCUUGGCCUUCAGUUUUAAUCCCGUUUGCUUAUAUUGCUGCAUUUUUAUUAAUUUUAACUGCUGGUGCAACUUUGACAGCUGGAUUAGCGAACUCAGAUGAGUGGGAUACGGCUAGUGUUGUUAGUUGCAUAUUUCCAUUAAUAGUAACAACUGCAAUUGCAUGCACAACUAUACAACAGUACUCAGAUGGAUCUCUACCUAAGUCAAGCAUGCUAAUUAUGGGUAUUAUUAAUAGUAUGAUAGCUGUUCUAUGUCUUAUCCACAGUAUUUUAUUAUGCGCCAAUUUUCGCUUAUGUGUAAAAGAGAAAGUUCACGAUUCGCCUCCAGUUAAAAUAACCUUAAAUGAUGCCCCUUUUGUACUGGAAGAAGUUAACUGUGUAGAUUCGACUGAUGUCUGA